UCCGACUGGCAGCCAGUGACAGCAUUGUGUCGUCUUGGCGACGGACGGACAGAAAGUGAGCGAGAGACGUGACGGAUGACAGCAGUGUCAACAUCAUCUGCAUUGCGUGCCUCCAGUCUUCUUUUGCUCUCAUUUGUCUUCCUCCACUUCUGGAUCUACACGUUUAUUCAUUUAUUCCUUUAAAAAAAAAAAACUUUUUCCAAAGAAAGAGUUUGAGUGGCGUGUCAGACAUUUUUUUGCUCCAAAGACAGAACGAAACAUCGAUGACGAGAUACCACAUGAGCCUCUCCGUUUUAUUGACACAUUUGUGGACACUGAAGCCACAUGGGGACCAUCAUGUACAUACGCUUUGAUAUGCAUCCAGUCUUUGCCAGCCGGGGACAUUUUCAACGCUUUAAAGGAUUUUGACUCGCUUCCUGCAAACUUACGUACACACACACACACACACACACACACACACACACACACGAACAAACUCAUUUGACACAUCAGACAAUCGGCAUUGCAGGAUGUGUUUCAAGGACAAAUACAGAUAUCCAGUUGGGGUCACGCUGCGUCCCCACCGCCGUUAAAAGUCACUCGAGUGCAAUGUUGGAAAGUUAUGAACAUAACGAUAACACGAUAAGAACAAUUACAGCUAUGCGCGAUUCAAGGGGGCAAUGUAAACGCCGCGUUACUCUGCACGAGCUCGACUCCUCCAACCGAAAGAACGCAACUUGUGUGUAGAGCCCAACCGCUGGUUCGAAAAUUAUUAUUUAUUCACGACAAAUAAUGGAAUUUUGUUCAUCUAUCUAUGGCAGCGAGGUAUGGUGACAGGCCAAACAAUUAAAUGCCCUUCCACCAGAUGGCAGAUGGUACAAUUAACCCGUUGCCAUUCAUAGCACAGAAGAAUAGCAAGCAGGUCAAUUUAAGAGGACCUCAUUUCAUCCUGAGGACAUUUGUGAGUAAAUUGAGACCACAUCGUUAUUUUGGUGACAUUUUGGGUCUGCUGGUAUGCAGUUAGAUUGUUCGAUUUUCGAAUAUGCGACUUAAAGGCGGGGAGACAACAUUGUAGAAAGUUCACGUGUGAGUCCUCCCUGAUUGUGAAAAAUGCUAUAUAAAUGAAAUGUACUUACUUACAUGCAGGAUGAAACUUGCAGUUGUGUGAGGUAGAGGAAAAAGUAUAUAUAUAUAUAUAAUUAUUAAAAAAAAGAACAUAUAUUGCAACAACGCCUAUGGAAAGCGAACGUGCGUUGUGUGAGGUGGUGCACGUGAGCAUGUUAGUCAUCAUCGUAUUCAGGAACCGCAAGGACAACACACACUAACACACACACACACACGCACGCACACACACCAAAGAGGAGCUUGCACCAUGAUGGAGAGGACGAACCCCGUAGAGCCACCCGCCUCCCCGCACCCCUUCCCCAACUCCUCGCCUCCGUUGUGCGAUUGCGAGGGCAAAGAUGUCUCCGAAAGCACCGAGACGACCGUAUCGACCAAUGUGAGCGUGGAGGCCGUCGUCACGGAGACGGACGACCCUCAAGACGGGCCGUCAGCCGGCGUUUCUCCCACCGAGUCGCCGAAACUCGCCGCUCCGCCGCCACUGCUGCCAUCCAAGAUCAAUCUGGGCCCGCGCCCACCUCCACCUUCCUCUGCUGCAACCUCAUCCUCAUCAUCAUCCUCCUCCUCUCCACUUCCGUCGCACAUCCCAGUCAUCAGCCUGGCCCACAGCAAGCCCCCUCUGGCCAUUCCCAGCCCGUCACUGACCGCCCUGCACCCGAUUCCCAAAAAGCAUCCUCACCUGGAGCUGCGUCGCACUCAGCUGGCCUGUCUGCCCGUCGGCGGUUCUGGAGGCUCGGCGGGGUCCGCGGGUGGAGGCGCUCCAUCGGGGCUGCGGGCUCAGACGUACCUGCAGCCUGCUCAUCCAUUCUUCUCCAGCUCUUUCUUGGGCACCUCGGGAGGAAGCUAUGGUGCCAUCACCAGCGGCCGAGUUAAGAGAAGACCUUCGCUGCACUUUGAGAUGGAGAUCAAUGAUUCAGGUCCACCUCAGAAAAUCGCCCGCCGAGUCUUCACCAACAGCCGCGAGCGCUGGCGGCAGCAGAACGUGAACGGCGCCUUCUCCGAGCUCAGGAAGCUCAUCCCCACGCAUCCGCCCGACAAGAAGCUGAGCAAGAACGAGAUCCUGCGUCUGGCCGUCAAGUACAUCAACUUCCUGGUCACCUUGCUGGACGACCAGGCUCAGGACGGGAGCAGGGACUCCGACUCGGACGAGGUGGCACGGAAGACUGACUUAUCGGGGCUAGACAGUAAACUGGAGCCUCUCUUUCAGUGCGACACGCCCCCUCCAUCCCAAGGCGCCUCACCGCCUUCAACCUGUCCCCCUUUGACGAGGACUCACCGCUACAAACGAGACUCUGCCGACUCAGCGACUCCGCUCGCCGCCUCGCCGACGAGCUCCAGUUGCGACAGCGACCUGAACAGCGACGACAGCUCGGGGGCGAAGGCCUCAGUGGUGACACGUGGCGCUCUGGGCAAGGUCAAAGGUCAGAUAAGGAUGUUGGCAGCGACAAAUGACGAGCGGUGACCACAGGGGGGAUGGAAUGCGACGGAUCCGAUACCAAAGAGAGAUGCGGCUUGCUCACAUUAGAAGAGGUUGAUAUUAUGUCAUUGUGUCCUUUCCAGUAAAGUGCAAACAUUUGUUCA